AUGGCAGCUCGGAUAAACUCUAUGCAUACACGUCAUCCAAUUUUUAACGAUGAUAAUUUUCAAACAUCAUCCGAUACGAAUGAUAUUUAUGGACUAGAUAAAAAAAUUCAAGAUGAUGGUAUGAAAAGUCAUCCGGGUACGAAUUGGUGUGGUCGUAAGGGUACAUCCAGAGAUUAUAAUGAUUUAGGAGAACAUCGUGAAACGGAUAAAUGUUGUCGUGAUCAUUAUCAUUGUGAUAAUAUACCAUCUGGAGAAGAAUUGAAUAAUAUUGUUAACUCGAUAAUAUUUCCGGGAACAAAAUGGUGUGGUCCAGGUGAUAUUGCAGAAGGUUAUGAUGAUUUAGGUAUAUUCAAGGAAACAGAUAUGUGUUGCAGAGAUCAUGAUCAUUGCGAUCACAUACCCGCUGGUGAAGAAAAAUGUGGCAUAGAAAAUAAGUACUACUACACAAGGUUACAUUGUAAAUGUGAUAAAAAUUUCUUUGAAUGCUUACAUAAAUCCACCGAUAUUGCAGCAUAUUUUGUUGGACAAGCAUAUUUUGGAGUAUCAGGACAAUGCUUUCGAAAAGAUUAUCCAAUAAAAGAUUGUAUAGAAUAUGAAUCUGUAUUUCCUGAUAAACGUUGUGUCAAAUAUAGCUAUAAUGAAAAUGAGCCACAAUUUUAUCAAUGGUUUGAUUUACCAUAUUAUUUUUCGAAAAAAUUUCCUGAUUUAAAUGGUUCAGAGAAUGGAAAUGUUACUGAUUUUAAAUGUUUUUUUGACGAUACUGAUGCUUGUUGUCGUGCACACGAUCAUUGUGAUCACAUACUUGCUGGAAAAAGUAAAUGUGGCCUACAAAAUAAGGGUUUAUAUACAAGAUUGCAUUGUGAAUGUGAUAAAGAAUUUUUUGAAUGCUUACAUAAGGUUGAUUCUUUAACAUCGAAUUUAAUUGGUAAAAUUUAUUUUACAAUAACAAAACAAUGUUAUCGUAAAGAUUAUCCAAUAAUAAAAUGUAAAGAAAGUGUUAAUAUUUUAACAAGUGAAAGAUGCAUCGAAUACAUUUAUGACAAAAGUAAAUCAAAAAUUUUUCAAUGGUUUGAUUUACCAUUUUACAAAUUGAAAGUUUUCCCUAAUUUAAAUAACUCAACAUCGGAUGAAUCCGAAAAUUGUUCUUCAUUUAGUUUCUUUUAA